CCCGACCACGACCAAUAAGCACUGCUUACUUCGGCCGCUGAUUGCUUACUUGCCUUACUAAUGUGGUGGCUAGCAAUUUAUUACAUACGGCCCAAAAAAUAAGUAAGGAGAUCUGGAAUAUCAAUAUCUACCUUACCUACUUGGUCAAGUAAAUGAUCUAAUCUAAUCUAGCACACGCUACAAAAUUAAACGGCCUUCAAGAAACCCACAUAAUCGUUUACACUAAUCCAAAGGUUAGCAAGUCGCAGCCAUAACGGAUAUAUCAGCCCAUUUUAACCAAUUUACCAUAGUUCCAGACACCCAGGAACCUGAGCCCACCGAACAAAGCCCAAUCGAACUCAUUCAACAACGAGCCCAACGCCAGACGCAAAAUUCGAGAAAUGAGCGGCAGGGCCGGGUACAUCCUUCGGGUCGACCCUUUAUAAUCCACCGCAUCCCGCCGCUUUUAUACACAUCAGUAACGAAUUGGAUAGUGUCCAACCCUUUCCCUUUAAUCAAAACAAUCCCUUUCCCGACCAAAAAAAACGAACUGUUCCACCAUUCUGCUGCGGGUUUCGUCCGACUAGAAAACCCUAGAAAAGUUAGGGAAUAUCGGCCCACUGCCGACCCCCAUCUCUGUAAUCCGACCCCAUACAAAAGCUAUAUCCCAGUAAGUACUUCGCAAUCGUUUUCAGUUCCAUAUUUGUACGACAGGUUCCUCUUACUUUGCUAGCUCUGUCUCAUUUCACAAUUUAGGAAAGGAAUUCUUCCUAUACCCCAUAACUAUCAGAAACCGAUUUGAUAUCUUCGACGACAACAGCAGGGACGAUGCUACCAGAAGAUCCACACGGUACCAUAUAUCUAAUUGAAGAGGAUAUUUUUCAUAUGGUUUAAGAUAUAGCGUCUCAUUUUUCUUUUCCUGUUAGUUGUGAUGAGUCAGUCCAUGACCUUCCGUGAGUUGGGUCCUGGAACAAACAGUCAUUUCCUCAUGGCCCGACUGUUAAACAUAUGGUCAGAAUGUGAAUCAAAUGGACCCGCAUCUACUUCAUCGAUGCACAUGCUUUGGUUAGAUAAAGAGGUAUGUUUAUGAAUAUUUUGUAUUCACUUCUUAUGCAAUGAACAGAAACACUUGAUUAAAACAAGUAUUCAAUGUGAACUGCUUUAGGGACAACUUAUGGAAGCGAAUGUACGCUAUGAGGAUGCUGGUGAUAUUUGCAAAAACAUGAAGGUUGGUUGUCUCUAUACCAUGAUAAACCCAACUGUCAUACCAGCUAAAUCCAAACGUCGCACUGCACCUUCCAGUUUGAGAUUAUAUUUUACAGCGGGAGCUUCGUUCAAAAGUAUGCAAGAAUAUCGCAGCACAAUGCAUUUUCCAGAUGAUUCAUUUCUUCAGGUUCCUUUCACUGACAGUGUUUCAUCUAUAAGUGUUCCAAUCUGCUACUCAGGUACACAUUUUUAUACUUCAUGGCCUCAUAUCAGUACACAAAUUCAUAUAUGAGGAAAUUUAUAUUCCAAGAAUCACAUAAUAUAGAACAUGUAAAACUGAAAACCUAUAACAUAUUCUUAUUUCAGAUAUCAUGGGAUGUGUGACACAUAUCACGAAGCCACUUAAAGUGAAUUCCGAUACAUUCAUGUUCCAGAUUCAUCUCGAAGACAUUAAGUUUCUUCUAUUUAAUCGUUGUUAUACCAUGCUAUAUCGAGUUUCAUCUUCACUACAAUUUCUAAUCCAUUUCCCAACUUUUUUAGUGGAAACAAAGGACUUGUGAGCUAUAUUGGGAAAGGAAUUAAGGAGUUCAUUCGCAGUGCCGAUUACAAAGAGGUUCACUAUCCUCUGAUUGUGACAGCAACAGCAGUUACCCGAAACGUGCAUGACUUUCCACAUAUUCCCCCGUUCUGCUUUGUAACGUCUCCUGGAACUCGCCUCAUUGUUCAUUCGUACGAUGAAAUGACACAAAAACUGAUGAACAGGUUCUUUUAUAAUAGACUGCCCGUAGAUAUCAUUGACUACAGCUCAAAAGAGCGCCUUGGAUACCUUCGUCGAGAAAUUCCUCCAAGAAUCUCAUUGUUAGAAUUAAAGAACAAGGUGCCUUUGGGAGAACGAGAAACCGAGAUACUUUAUCGAUGCAAAAUGACGAUAGUCAGGUUCAAUCUGUGUUCUGAAACCAGUAGACCUUCAAAUGCAGAGACUGAAUUGUAUUAUGAGCUGCAAGCUGAGUGUGAAUCAGGGAAUCAGAAAGCAAAAGUCGUUCUAAAUCAUGCAUCUGCUCUUGCUCUGAUUCGUAUGCCACCACUGGAAUUCCAGACAAUACCAUAUGAUCAAAGAAUUCAGUUGCUAGAACAAUUCUGCAACAUCAAAUUUAUGACAGAAGUGUACAUUGUUGGAUCAGAAUUUCAGAUGAACCACAAAUUCGCGUGGACGCAAUUUGGCAUCAAAAAGCAUUUCAUCCAUUGAUGAAUCUAGAGUUGGAGUUAUAAGCAGCGAUCUCAAUUUACAAUGGAAGAAGGUACAUGUUCUUACUUUUACAUUUAUAUCCCCACUUUAGAACAACGUAACAACUGCUUACCACCACUAAGCUUUUAUAUUUAAUAAUGAUUGCCUUCGUUUUCUCUUAUUAUUUCAGGUGGUAGAACACAAGAUUGGAUCAGCCGGUUCAGUAAGGAAGAAUGAAGGGAAUACGGACCUAACAGCAGGAGUUCUAUUGUUUUUUUGUGCAUUCCGCCUUUUGAGUAGCAGUAAAAACAAUUGGCGCCACUGAACCAAUUUCAUUUUGAACAUGAACUCCGUCAGUGUGCCAUGUGUUCUCAUAUUAUGGUUGGAAGAUGUUUUAAUUAGAUUUUGAAUUAGAAGAACAAAUAUUGCAUCUAUAUAAAUAUUGCUAAUUUUUUUAUGGGUUAAUAUCUUCACACCUUUCCACAAUACGUAAACGAACACGAUCACGUUCACUAAUUAUACGACAGCUAAAUUCCAGAUUGAACGUUGCGUACGCAGACAUCUCGACUAAAUGCAAACUUCAAAC